ACACUGGAGCCUUAGUCAGGCAUCAUGUAUUUAGCUUCCCGCUGACAUAGGAGCCGAUUUCACAAUUGCGCCCUCUUACAGUGUGUAGGACGUAGUAAUUCUCAAUUUUCCGCCAUGGAUCUUCGUGUUCACGAUUCCUCGUGUUCAGCGACAGAUAUCGUUUCUUCAACCUCAGUCGUAUCACCGUCCUUGGAUUCUGACAGUAUAUUUUCGGAUUUCCCAAAGCUAGACACGAGAAAAACUUCACAAGUAUCGUUCGUCAGUAUGAAAUCCAUCUCAAAACGGAAAUCCCGCAAACCUAUCAAGGCGGUCACUCUCAGAUCCACACCCUUCGCUUCCGUCUCGCAGUCCCUCUCCUCCCACACCCCAACACCUACCGGCCAAUCCAAAACCGCCAGAAACGACCAAUCAGAUUCUGACACCUCACCUGACGACAAAAGACCGGCCUGGCUGGUGAAAUUCUGGCGGGAAGCAGGAUCGGUGAUGGUGGCGCUAGGGUGGGGAGGUGGGGGAGCGGCAGGAGGAAGCGCGCCGACCGCUGUGGAUCCCAGGCGGCUGGGAGCUUACUUGAAAGCUCUCCGGGGCCAGACUCGCGUGCUGCUGAAGCAGCUGCCGCUAUGGGAGCGAGCAGGAAUCGGAGCCCUGGCGGGAGGGCUGGCCGGGGGAUUGACGAACGCGACGCUGCAUCCGCUGGACACGGUGAAGACGAAGCUGCAGACCAAGGGGUCGUCGCUCGUGUACUCGGGGCCUCUAGACGUCAUUCGGAAGGUGUCAGCCGCGCAGGGCAUCGGGGGGUUCUACCGCGGGCUGCCGGCGGCCUUCCUGGGGUCCGUGCUCUCCUCCUCCAUCUACUUCGGCACCUACGAGCUCGCCAAGGGGGGCCUAUCCAGAGACAUCACGCUCCGGCUGCCGUUUUCUGGGCUCAGAAGAGCAGCCGCCAGCAGCAGUGGGGGAAGCAGUCUUUAUAGUGAAAAGAUCAGCAGCAGAGGGAAUAGUGGCGGUGAAAGCACGGGGAGCAGGCAAGAGGGGUCCGGGUCUUCGGUGGUGCUGUCGUGCCCUGUGGCGCUGGUGCCCCCUGUGGCGGCAGCCCUGGGGAAUAUCACGAGCUCCGCCAUCCUGGUGCCCAAAGAAGUCAUCAAGCAGCGGAUGCAGGCGGGAGCAUCAGGCUCAGCUCUGCACGUGCUGCAGCAGACCGUGGCUCUGGAGGGCGUGGCGGGGCUGUACAGUGGGUACCUGGCUGCUCUGCUGCGCAACCUGCCCACCAACGUGCUCAACUUCUCCACCUUCGAGUAUCUGAAGAUGGCGAUACUCCAUGUGAACCACUCAACCUCCCUGAGGCCGCACGAGAGCAUGGCAGCGGGAGGAAUCGCGGGGGCACUGUCAGCCGCCCUCACCACUCCCCUGGAUGUGGUUAAGACCCGCCUCAUGACGCAGGCGCGAGUGGCAGUGGCAGCAGCGGGUACCACUGGGGCAAAGGCAGAGGUAGCAGCUCGAGCGCAGGCUGCAGCUGCAUACACAUAUAAAGGUGUGGCGUCGACGCUGAAGCAUAUAUGGGUGGAGGAGGGAUUACGAGGACUGACUCGUGGCAUGACUUCCCGCAUUCUUUACAAUGCUGCAUUUUCCGCCAUUGGGUUUUUAUCCUUCGAGACUGCUCGCUCGGUCCUACUGCAAGCGCACGUUGAGCGACGGGCUCGGAAGCAACUCCAAGAAGAUGCCAAGUGCCAGUCGAGUGAAGAACAGGUGGUAAAAGCUUGAAGGGAAGCGAGUAUUCUGAAAAUCACGCUUCGUUGAGAAGCUUUUUUGGAGGCAUGGAGUUAGUGAUUUCUUGUACAAUCAUGGGCAGCUCUUGGUUGGAAAUCAGUAAAGCUAGCAUUUAGCGAGUACCAUUUAUCAGGGUGUACAUGCGAUGGUUGUCACUAGUUGCCACUCUCAACCGACCAAACCAUCCCAUGUCGGUGAGACGAUGUUUU